AAAAGAGGGAAAGGCAUUUUGCGACUGCAUUUGACGCGCCGUCGUUUAGCUUCUGAGUCUUAGGAACGAAAAAUUACCAAGUAAUGAACCGUCGAGUACUGCUAGCGCUGGCCUGCAUGGCGGCAGUGUCAGCAGGCAUGAGCACCAGCAAACUGGAGCCUGAAGUCUCGUUUGCUGACUACAGUCCAAAGAUUAGAGAGCGUCUCGUGUCUUUGUCUAAAAACUGGGCAGACGGCUGGCAAAAAUUGCUAGUUCCUGGGCCUAAACCAGAAGUCAAAGCUGCGAUAGACCAAGUAAACUUCCUGCUUUGGACGAGGUCCAAUCGCAACAUUGAAUACGUAUUGGAGGCCUUCAACGCCGACAGUUUUGCCGCUUCAAAUUUCGAUGCUUCUAAGGUUACGUACAUCGAGUUCCACGGCUUCACAGUUGACGGCAAGACACAGUGGAUAAUCGACUCAAAGAACGCACUACUGGACCGCGAAGACGUCAAUGUUAUUUCAGUAGACUGGGGAGAACUGGCAGCCGCUCCUGACUACGUCGCUGCAGUCGCCGGGGUCUAUGAAACAGCAGAGCUCACGGCCUCACUGCUCGACUGGAUGGUGGCUAACGUCGGCCUUAGUUUCCGAAGGACUAAUCUUGCUGGUCACAGCCUCGGCGCCCAGUGUGCUGGGAUGACUGGAAAUUACGUCACGGCUGGAAAGCUCAACCGCGUCACGGGCUUGGACCCCGCGGCACCACUUUUCGAUGGAGUCUCAGCGUCGGAACGCAUCAACCCUAACAGCGCUAACUUUGUCGACAUCAUCCACAGCAACGCGGGCCCGCUUGUUGAUGGCUGUCUGGGCAUGACUGCACAGGUUGGGCAGAUCGACUUCUAUCCCAACGGUGGCGCCCACCAGCCAGGCUGCACGGACCCCGACAGCUCCGACAUUCUUGACCUCGUUGGGAGUUGCAGUCACGGCCGAGCUCCGGAGUACUGGGUAGAGAGCAUACGAGCUCAGAAACCAACGGACAAGACUUUCUGGGCGAAGCCUUGCUCGGACUGGUCGACCUACGAUGCUGGGCAAUGCAGCUCUUGUGGCAACGGCUGCGUUGAGAUGGGCUACCCGGCUGACAUUUCCGGCAUUAGCAUCGGAGCUACCAUUGAGUACUACCUCACGACCAACUCUGUAGAGCCAUACGCCCAAGGCUUGAACUGAUCUUGUUCAAGUGUCAUCCUGCAACCAUUCGGGGCGAACAUCGCAUUAUUGUUCGUCUUGAAUGCUGGAAUUUGGUCAGGUUUGGCAGCUCAAGGGAACUGGUGGCAGCGGUCAACACGAUUUCCAGGAAAACGCCACCGUACCCUCGUCUUGCCAUUAAUGAAAACGUCAUAGAAA